AUGAUUAAAGACACGCUGCUGAGACUCACCCGCGGCACUGCUGAGAUUGGAGAGUCUGCGCUGAGCGAGCGCUAUGAGACAUGGGACGAAGGACAUCGUGUCCUUGACCUCGGUCACUUCACCUUCAAGAUGAGGCUGAUAGCCCCUGUCUCGCAAGGUGGCUGUGAGGAUGCGGUGGAUGAGACUCAGCCACCUGUGACAAAUCUGAGCGUUUCUGUUGAAAACCUCUGCACGGUCGUCUGGACAUGGGACCCUCCCGACGGAGCCAGCCCGAAUUGCACCUUACGGUAUUUUAGUCACUUUGACAACAAACAGGAUAAGAAAAUUGCUCCUGAAACCCACCGUUCGAAAGAAGUGCCCCUGAACGAGAGGAUUUGUCUGCAAGUGGGAUCCCAGUGUAGCACCAAUGAAAGUGACAAUCCUAGCAUUUUGGUGGAAAAGUGCACCCCGCCCCCUGAAGGGGAUCCUGAGUCGGCUGUGACUGAGCUCCAAUGCGUUUGGCACAACCUGAGCUACAUGACGUGCACUUGGCUUCCUGGAAGGAAAACAAGUCCCGACACCAACUAUACUCUCUACUACUGGCACAGCAGCCUGGGAAAAAUUCUUCAGUGCGAAAACAUCUAUAGAGAAGGGCAACACAUCGGUUGUUCCUUUGCUCUGACAAACUUGAAGGAUUCCAGUUUUGAACAACACAGCGUGCAAAUAGUGGUCAAGGAUAAUGCAGGGAAAAUUAGACCAUCCUUCAGUAUAGUGCCUUUGACUUCUCAUGUGAUACCUGAUCCCCCACAUAUUAAACGGCUCUUCUUCCAAAAUGGUAACUUGUACGUGCAAUGGAAGAAUCCACAGAAUUUUUAUAGCAGGUGCCUGUCUUACCAAGUAGAAGUCAACAACAGCCAAACCGAGACGAAUGAUAUUUUCUACGUUGAAGAGGCCAAAUGUCAGAAUUCAGAAUUUGAGGGAAACCUGGAGGGUACAAUUUGCUUCAUGGUCCCCGGCGUGCUCCCUGACACUCUGAACACGGUGCGGAUCCGAGUGCGAACAAACAAGCUGUGCUACGAGGACGACAGGCUGUGGAGCAACUGGAGCCAGGCGAUGAGCAUAGGUGAGAGCACUGACCCCACGUUCUACAUAACCAUGCUGCUUGCCACCCCGGUCAUCGUCGCCGGUGCUGUCAUAAUCCUCCUGCUUUAUCUCAAAAGGCUCAAGAUCAUCAUAUUCCCUCCAAUUCCUGAUCCUGGCAAGAUUUUUAAAGAAAUGUUUGGAGAGCAGAACGAGGAUAGCCUGCACUGGAAAAAGUACGACAUCUAUGAGAAGCAAACCAAAGAAGAAACUGACUCUGUAGUGCUGAUAGAAAACCUGAAGAAAGCCGCUCAGUGACGGGGCUAAUUCAUUUUCCCCAUCAGCAUGAGCUCGUGAAGAUUCAUCCCCCUCUCCAUUUGUUAUCUGGGAGCGCGUUAAAUGGAAAGCGAAACUACUGGGCCAUUUGAAAACGGGCAGCUUGUAAGAGCCAUGGUCUUUAUGUCAAGUUGUGCACUGAGAAACUAAACACAAGGGGCUCUUUGGUGAAGACAGCGGCGUCAUUGUUAUUGAAUUUAAAAGCAGACAUCCCUCUCAAAGGCUUCAAAGUAGGGGAUAAAACAAACAGCAGUGAUGGUGUAGAGUUCAUCUUAUCAAGAGUUGUGACAACUUCUGAGGGAUCUGCGCCUGCUCUGUAUGCUUUGUGCCCAACAGUACCAACACAGUUUAUUUGGGGGGGGGUACUCAUUCUGGGUGCAGACGCUAAUGCCUGAUUUGAGUGGUGGGGGGGGCGGGGAGGGCAUCUGACAAAUGAAAUCCACAACAAACGAAAUUGACAAAAUCUGUUAUCCGUUGUUCGGGAUCUCAUGGAACAUUUGUGGCUCUUAUAACCCUUAGCAGUCUGGACUCGCCAGCCCCUUGAGCAGUGAUUUGCCCCACCUUGAGAGGCCCAGACGUCAGUGUUGGCCACGAGUGAGUGUGACCCUUACAGUAAGAGCAGAGGCAGCUCCUUUACCAAGACCUUUCAAAGCCACGGCAGGCUUUUAAGGGCCGUGGAGGUAGAAUGCCUUAUUGGGCAUUAGGAUUUGAAGCAUGCCAUCUCUAAUGAUGUGCUGUUUCUUCUUCACCUCUGCUACUCUGGUCACUACUCCCCCUGGACACAGGGUUGAUGGUCUAGUUGAGACCCUCUCCCCUACAUUCUGACUCCUCUAUCUCCACCAGUCAUUUUCCAGAGCUUUCGGCUCCCCGGUUCCCAUACCCGUUUCCCCUGCCACAUCAGCCCCUCAUUCCUGCCAUUGUGUCCUUCUGUCCCCUUUCACUAGAAGUUAGAAUUUAAAGCUGCUCAGAACAUCUAAAAGAGCAGGGAGGAAUUUGCAUCUCAGGUAAAGUGUGAGGUGACUAAGAAGCAAUGACUGAUCCUUGCUAUAUUUUGUAACUUCUUGCGUGUCUGCAUUUGUUUGAAGGUUUUCAGCGUUUACUAUUUCUCUAUGCAUUUUUCUAAACAGAAAAGAGGUAUUCUUCUCACCUAGAACUUGGCUGUUUGCUUCAGAAGAGGGUAGUUACAUCUUCCCCUCAUAGCCUCAUAACCGAUGGUUAUAAGUAGGUUUUGCUUCCUAUAUUGAUAGUUUCCAAGGCUCCAAGAUUUGAAUCCAUUUUUUUUUUUUGGCAUACCGAGUCAGGGCUCCCUCAUUGCUCAGCCCUACAACAUGUGCACAGUGACGUUUGCCUCUGCCCCCCCUUCCUCCAGAGGCCGUGGAAGUGAGGGGUCCCCCUCACCCCCCAGUGUUUCUCACCUCAGGCACACAGACUCAGAUUCCUGGUAGGAGCUUGAAAACUCGGUAACCACAAGUUCUCCACAUGUUUACCUGGUGGAUUCAGCCAGGCGGCGUGACCGGCACAGCUCGGGUCGGACAUGCCUUCUCUCCGCAGGUUUCGGUGACAGUGGCAGCCCACGGGCCCUGCAGUGGAGGAGGGAUGUGCCCGGCUUUUCUGAGGAACCCCCUUGCCAAGGGUAGAUGUCAACGUGUUUCCUCCCUGGGCUUUUUUCUUUUUUUUUUUUUUUGAGGUCACAUUGAGGUGGGCAAUGGGCACCCAAAGCCAUUGUCUCCUCCUGGCAUUCUUUGAAGAUGGCAGUGAGGGGGACGCCUUGGUAUUACGAGUCCCCAAGGGACUGCAGGUGUUGGCGGUCACAGCGUGGGAGCAUGGAGAUUGUACUCGGUUCCAUUCUCCUCCUUCAGUUGUGAACCAGGUGAGGGAAGGGGGCAGUGGGUUCCAGGACUCGCUGGGGCUGUUGUGGAAUUACUGAAAAGCCGUCUCCAGGCCUCAGGAGCUCUUGGGAAACUUUAAUACAUCAGUGGGAUUUCCAUCACCUGUAGGAAACUAGUAGGUUCGUUUGCUAUUUUAUGCCUCAACUCUAUGGAUUGUUUUUCUCCACAGACCUAAGUAAACCCACUGUAAGGAUGGUCAUUCUUUACUCUUUCAUUCAGCUAACUUGUUCCUUUAUCUGGGCACUGAAGGGAUAUGUGAAACAAUGUUAAGAAUAUUUUUGGUAAUGCCUUCAAAGUAGGGAUCAUUUUGUUUAACUUCUUAUAGGAAAGCUUGAGUGAAAUAAAUAUUGUCUUUUUGUAUGUCA